AUCAUCGUAGUUUGACCUUGCAGUAUCAGCAAAAUUAUGGGAGAUGAAUCAUGGCAAUCAAACAUUGACAACUCUGAGGGGGUUCUUGUUCCCUCAAAUGUCAGGAAACUGAAAUCUCCACAACCUCUGAAAUUAUUGCCAGCAUCCACUGAUGAUUCAUCAAGGAAGCACAUUCUAGAUAACAGGGAGCACAGAAAGGUGCAGUUGGUUGAACAGCCUGGUCAAAAAACAACUGUCAAAAACUCCCAGGAAACAAGGACAGCCACUAUUAAUCAAGGUCAUCCAAUGUCUGCGGAUGACAUCCAGAAAGCAAAAAUGCAUGCUCAAUAUAUGCAGAGCAAAUAUGGGAAGACUGGUUCUUCAUCUAAUGAAACUAAUGAAGUGAAGAUUGAAACUUUAAACAAAUCUUCAAGUACUUCAACCAGCAUAUCACCAUUAUCUUUAAGUCAUGGUUUGCCUAAGCCUGAGGAACCAAAGAGGCCUCUGAUGCUUUCCACCACAACCUAUAAUAGGAUGGAAACUCUUGAUCAAAACCAGAAAAUGGACUCACAGGAGACCCCAUUGGAGAAAUCCAAAAUCUCUAAUACUAUGGUAACUCUUGAUCAAAACCUAAAAAUGGACUUACAGGAGCCCCCUUCGGAGAAAUUCAGAACCUAUAAUAGGGUGGAAACUCUUGAUCAAAUCCAGAAAAUGGACUCACAGGAAGCCUCAUGGGAGAAAUACAUGAAGGUUCAAAUCCCAUGGCAGACACCACCAGAAAACAGAAACCAUCGUGAGAAGGAAACUAUCUACAAAACAGUCCAAGAGAUACCAUGUAACCCAAAGGAACCAUGGGACAGAGAAAUGGACUACAAUGACACACUGACCCCAGAAAUCCCCACUGAACAACCACCUGAUAUUGAUGGCACAGAAACACAGGUUGCCCAUGAAGAACAUGUAAAUGGUGAAGCAGGUUCUCAGGCAUCCUCAUCCUUGUCUUUUAUUGGUGGCAAAAUUGCAGCAGAACCUGAGCUUGAGCUGUUAGCUGUCUUGCUGAAAAACCCAGAACUGGUUUUUGCAUUGACUUCUGGCAAUGCUGCUAACUUAACAAGCCAGGAAACAGUGAAGCUGCUAGAUGUGAUAAAGUCUGGUGGGGCUGGUUUUAUUGCAAAUUCUAAUGGAUUUGGUAACAAAGUUGCAGAGAAGGUUGAAGUUUCUCUUCCAUCACCCACUCCAUCCUGCAACCCUGGAACGAUGAAAAAUGAGAAAGUUCUUGCUAAGGAGAACAAGAGAAGUGGCUGCUUGGGUUUUCCUGCUUCAGUACUUCAUACUUCUGUUGAGAAACUGGCAUUCACACGCACUCCAGCUCUUGCUGUUUAAAUGUCUGCAAUACAAGAUGAAUCUGGAACUUUUAGUGUAUAGAACACUUCAACUGCAUUCUGAUACUGCCAUGAACCCACCAUGUUAUUUCCUUUUCAAGAUGGUGUUGAGGACCUGUGAUCUUAAGGGCUCUGCGGAAAUUAUUCUACCAAGCCUGUACAAAUAGGCAGAUUGAUAUUUGAAGGUUCAAGGAAUAACUUUAUCUGAAGAUAGAAAAGCAUCUAUAGGUUGUUGGGGGUGGUAGAAUUCUGACACUAGAGCUUGCCUAUGUACUGGCAAUUUUGUUCCCCAGAGGAAGUUUCAGCCUUUACCGCUCAUUAAUUGUUAAUAACUGUUAACUUGGAGGCCUCCUAGGGAUGGGUAAUGCUGCUUUGUGCUCCCAUAUCAUGACCACCCUCCUGCAGAGGCUGCAAUCUAUUGGUUCAAAUCCUAUGUAAACAGGGCAAAUAAUUGGCAGUCUCAGGUUGGUUACUCUCAAAUAUCACCCUGCUUUUUUACUCCUUUUAUGCUGGAUCCAGUGAAUCAAUCUUUUUCUUUGUUAAUAUAUUCAUCUCCAUUUA